CAUAGCGAUGAUUUUGAGAUGUUAUUCAGCAGCCAUGAAUUGUAGAACUGCAUUGUAUAUUAUCACUGAACACACACUUAUCGCAAGUCGUUUUCCAGGAAUUCAUAUACUGCUAUACUUAUUUGUUUUUUACUUAUACUUAUAUAGCCACAAUCGUCGAUUUAAGAUCAUUUGUAGCCGGACACAGCAGCACUACGGAGGAGCAAUGAGGAUUCUCGGUUGUAUAACCCUUUCGGUCAUCUGCGCAUGUGCGUUUGGAAUGCCACAGAUAAUAGGUAUCUUGUGGGCAAAUAAGUAUCCCCCUGGUUAUGGCCCAGUAGUAACCGGGAUAAAGGCGGCCAUCGCCCUAACUCCAUGCACCCCCGAGCGAACUCCCACUACCUUUAACUUCAACUCAAGGGAGGAAUGCUCCCGGAGGUGUUCCGGAUAUUGUGCCAGCUGCAACUCGACGUGCAUCUUCAGCCACCGAUGCGUCUGCGGAGCUAGUAUGUACUGCACAUGGGAUCCCGAUACAUCCAAGGUUCAGCCAGGAGCUUUGGUCCAAAAAAUAUGCGAGCCCAUUGAGAAUUUCAUCGAUCUCUAUUGAGGAGUACUAAAGCUUACAGUUGGUAAAUUGAAGUGUUUAUUAAAUGUACAACUAUUGAAUAAUAAUAUCCAAGUGGGCAGCACAGCAUUCUGUAUGACCUCCUGCGUAAUAAUAUACAUAUUUUUUG